AUGUUUGGAUCGACUUCUAAUACGUUUGGUGGUACCAACAAGCCUUUUGGUGCGCCUGCUGCGACAAAUGCGCCUUCACCUUUUGGUACAACACAGCCUAAUAACAAUGCUAGUCCAUUUGGUAUGAACAAUGCUCCAACUCAAAUCACAAGUUCAUUCGGAUCGAAUUUGGGAAGUUCCUUUGGUAAUACUGCCGGAGCCACUUUUGGAUCUAAUCCUUUCAAUUCAGCUAAUAGUAGUGGUAAUAAUGCCAAUACUAUGUUCGGUAUGAAUAAUAAUACUGCUGGUGUUAAUGCCAAUAAUAACAAUCCUGCCAACGCGAGCUCGCCAUUUGGCCAAACUAAUAAUACUGGAGGCAUGUUGUUUGGUAAUAACCCACUUACUGCAGGUUCUACUAAUAGUUCUGCUGGCGGUAACUUGGGUACGGGGAUUAAACCAUUUAUGGAAUCACAGGAAAAGGACAAUACUACAGGGACAAUGAAUCAUUUUCAAAGUAUUACGUGCAUGCCUGAGUAUAGGAAUUAUUCUUUUGAAGAAUUAAGAUUUCAAGAUUAUCAAGCAAAUCGUAAAUUUAGCAAUAAUCCUGGGUCAAGUGGUUCCCAAUUUUCAAACACCGCAGCAAACAAUGCUUUCGGUACUGGCAUAAACAGUACUCAGCCUACCAAUACCUCCAAUCUAUUUGGUCAAAAUAACAUGGCUCAAAACUCAAUGUUUGGUUCCGCUAACUCUAAUAAUGCAUUUGGAAGUAAUUUUGGAACAAAUACAAGUUCUCAAUUUGGAGCAAAUAAACCAGCCAGUGGAGGAUUGUUUGGUCAAACAAAUACUAAUAACCAACCAUCUGGUGGAUUGUUUGGUCAAAGCAACAGCCAACCAUCUGGAGGGUUAUUUGGUCAAAAUAAUACUACUCAACCAUCUGGAGGUUUAUUUGGACAAUCCAAUACUACUCAACCAUCUGGAGGUUUAUUUGGACAAUCCAAUACCAACCAGCCUCAAUCUAGCGGAUUAUUUGGACAAUCCAACACAACUCAGCAACCAUCUGGUGGCCUAUUUGGCGCUGCACAGCCAUCUUCUGCAGGUGGUCUUUUUGGUCAAAAUAAUAAUACUUUUGGUCAAAAUAACAACAGCCAGCAACCUGGAGGAUUAUUUGGUCAGAACAAUAAUAACACUAACCAACAAUCGGGUGGCCUAUUUGGUCAAAACAACAACCAACAACAAGCUGGUGGUAUUUUUGGUGCCAAACCUGCUGCUACUACUGGCGGAUUGUUCGGCCAAGCUAAUAAUGCAUUUGGUCAAAAUAAUAACACCCAACAAACAGGAGGAUUAUUUGGCCAAGCCAAUACGAAUAAUCAGUCAUCGGGUGGAUUAUUUGGACAGAACAACAACAGCCAACCAUCUGGAGGGUUAUUUGGACAAUCCAAUACUACUCAACCAUCUGGAGGUUUAUUUGGACAAUCCAAUACCAACCAGCCUCAAUCUAGCGGAUUAUUUGGACAAUCCAACACAGCUCAGCAACCAUCUGGUGGCUUAUUUGGUAAUAAACCAGCUGCUCCAGCAGGUGGACUGUUCGGUAGCAAACCGAUGGCACCUUCAGGUGGAUUAUUUGGUCAAUCUAACAAUGCACAACAAACAUCGGGAGGAUUGUUCGGUCAAAAUAAUACCCAACAACAGAGCGGUGGUCUUUUCGGAGCAAAACCUGCUGCACCAGCAGGUGGCUUAUUCGGCAACAAACCUGCUACUACUUCAGCAGGUUCUCUCUUUGGUAAUAAUGCUAAUGCAACUAAUAGUACUAACACCACAACUGGUGGUUUGUUUGGAAAUGCUACAGCAAACAAUACUCCCAACACAUUAGGUGGUGGAUUGUUUGGUAACAAAACUCAAACACCUGCUGCUCCUGUUGGGGGGUUAUUUGGACAAUCCAACGGAACUGGUGGCAAUGUUUCAUCCGGAUUAUUUGGUAAUAAGUCAGCAAUGAAUGCAGGAGGUGCUUCCGCAGGUGGUUUAUUUGGAAAUAACAAUGUAUCCACUCUUGGAAACACUUUAGGUAAUAACAACCAACAGAAUUCACAGCAGCAGCAAUAUCAACAAUUGCAGCAAAAUAUUGCUAACCAAAACCCAUAUGGUACGCAAGAGUUAUUCUCAAGAAUCACAAUGCCACCUUCUAUAACUGAACCUGAAAAGGCCACAGUUACUGUUGCUGAUACUGGAAAGAAUAGUUCUUUUAAUAAGGCAAAGACCUCUGUAAAAUCCCAACCACUGUUCCAUAGGCACUCGACGGUUCCACAACCUGUUGCAUUAUCUAGAAUCCAUGGUCCCGUUGCAUCCUCUUUAAAUAAGACAUAUAGUACUGCGUUAGUUUCAACUAAGAACCCAGCAGCUAAUGAAUUGGACAAGGCGAUAAAGGGUGUUGAAUCACUCAUCCACAAUCCACAUAGUGUCUCCUUCAAGACAUUGGUGAUUAAUAAGAAAAAACAAGAAGAUAUUGAAGAUAGCAAUACCGAUAUUGGAAUUAUUUCUCUUGGUAAGUCAAGCUCGGAUACUGAUAAGGACUCAGUUACAAGUUCGGAAUCUAUAUUUGAUAGAGCUCAAGAGACUCCAACAGUUAAGGAUACGACCAGAAUAUCUAGCAGCAAUUUGGAUACCAUGUCAACACUAUCUACAACUUCACCCAUGCCAUCUCAAAUAACUCAAGUUAAAGUUGAGGAUGAAUUAAACCUAGAUGACAUUUCCUAUGUCGAUGAUAACUAUUUUAUUUCUCCAUCGUUAGAAACUUUGUCGGGAUACUCAUUAAUAAAACUUCGGAAAGUUUCCAACUUGGUCAUUGGCCAUAAAAAGUACGGUAAGGUUAAAUUUCUUGAACCAGUCGACUUAUCUGGCAUACCCUUGGGUUUGUUAUGUGGUGAAAUUGUUAGGUUUAGUCCAAGAACAUGUAGUGUAGAAAUAAAAGAUGAUCCAAAUGGCAGUCUGACGAAGGGAAUGAAUGUUCGUGCUAAGGUAACUUUGUACAGUUGCUUCCCAAUAGACAAGGCCACUAAAAUGCCAAUCACUGAUGGUAAUCAUGAGAUGGUCAAGAGACAAAUCCACAAGUUCAAACAGGUUCCGGGUUCGAAGCUUGAAAGUUACGAUACAGAUUCCGGUACCCUGGUAUUUUCUGUUAACGAAGUAUGUGCAUAG